AUGGUGCCAAGACUCGAUGGAACCCACGCACCAAAAACCCCGCGGAAGAGCAGCGAUGAGCUGGGCUCGAGCCUUCGCGCAGCUGUCAGCGCCCUGCUGCUGCGCAGCCCGGAGGAGAAGAGCGGGGACAGUGUGCAUGUUGUCCAGCUGUCUGUGGACGCGGUCAUUCCGGCCGUGCACAAGUUGGACACCCCGGCCUUUGUGGGGUCGCCCAAAGCCGGGGGGAAAGCUGUGCCGCGGUGGCUGAGGGAGCGUCUUCUGGACCCGGGCUUCAGCAACCUCUCGCCGAAGUCAGGACAACCGGGCCCGGGGAAUGAGGAGCUGCAAGUCUACCAAGACGGCAUCGUGGAUUUGAUCGCGGGGCUUCACUUGACGCACGUGACUGCCAACCAGGAGUACGCGGACGUCUUCUGCAAGCUGAUGCCGGACCUGGCCACCCUGCAACUGGAGCACUGCGGGGACGUCAUGGCCGAGUUUCCGCUUGGGGGCGUCCUGAAGAUCUACAGGAUCGUGAAGGCCAUCGACCAGGCCCAGGCCCAGGGCCUGGCGGACCGGAACCGGACCAGCUUCCCCUUCCAAAUGCUGGACGCCGAGCACAUCGUGGUCAUCCAGUUCCCGCGGCGCAAGCUGGCCUUCGUCUUUGCGGACCCGGUGGUGGCCCAACGGUUCCUCCUGACGCUGGAGGUCUUGAUCGGGCACGUGCAGGAGGAGCACGCAAAGCCGAAGCGAGUCCAGCCCCUCUUCUGA